GACAUUUGUCUUGGUUCGUCUCGUCCCAAUGCCCUAGGUAUCUCAGUUCCGUUUCUUCUUCCUUUAUUCUUCUGUUCGGGCUAGCCCUAGCUGUUGAUGCACUGCGCUUCGUAUUCGAUUUGACGGGAAUUUGUUGAUAGCCAAAGAAGGAAGCUUCGUGUGGGUCGUUAAUUAAGUUAAUCUUGGAGGAGAAGAUAGUUGCCGAGUGGAAAUUGACGAAAUGAGUUUUGCCUCUAAUAUUUGGAGUCGGUUCUUGAUCGUGGUUGUAGUUUUACGACAUGUGAAAAAAGAAUAUGGAGGAUGCAUCAUCUGAAACUAUCACAGAUAAAGUAUCUCAAGAGAAUCAUGAAACUCGUGAUGAAAUUCUUUCUAGGCACAGGAAAGAGAUAUCACAGUUACAGAAUAAAGAAAUGGAACUUAAAAAGGCUGCGGCUAGAGGUAGCAAAGCUGAACAAAAAUUGAAGAAAAAACAGGUGGAGGAAGAGAUAUCUCAACUUUCUGCGAAGCUAAAAAAGAAACAUAAUGAAGAACUUGCGUUCUUAGGCUAUAGUAGCAGUAAUGGAAACGAACGAAGUAAUCUCGACAACCUAGUGAAGGCCGUGGCUGGCGUAUCGUUGACAGCUCAAUCCGACCAUUCAAAGCCAAGCAAAAGCACAAAACGGAGGGAGAAGAGGGCUCAACAAGAAGCAGCAAGAGACAGAAGAAUUGAAGAGGAGCAGAGUAACACUGUGAGUGAUAGAAUGAUCGAGAAUGAACAAUUGGAAAAGAAGCUUGGACCUCUUGGUUUGACUGUUAAUGAAAUCAAGCCAGAUGGGCAUUGCCUCUACAGAGCAGUCGAAAACCAGAUGGACUUCCUUUCAGGAGGUUCAUCUCCAUACAAUUACCAAGAACUUCGUCAAAUGGUAGCGGCUUACAUGAGAGACCAUUCAACCGAUUACAUGCCAUUUUUCCUCUCGGAAAACGUCGUAGAAGGUAAUUCAAACGAAUCGCUGUCCGAAAGGUUUGAAAAUUACUGCAAGGAAGUUGAAUCCACAGCGGCAUGGGGAGGGCAGCUGGAACUUGGUGCUUUAACCCAUUGCCUUAGAAAACAUAUCAUAAUAUUUUCAGGAUCCUUCCCUGAUGUGGAAAUGGGAAAGGAGUACAAAUCAGACGGCGUACUAAACUCAAGUAUUAGGCUGUCAUACCAUAAGCAUGCCUUUGGACUUGGGGAGCACUACAAUUCUGUGGUUCCUGUAUGACCAAUGGGGCAUAUCAUGUCGCUCAUGAAGGGCCACUUUGGCUAAAAAUGUUCUUUUUGUUUCCUUCCAUAGAUAUUUAGCGUUCCUCAGAUUUCUUCAAUUAGCUGAAGCAAGUUAUUUUAGUUACAACUAUUCCAUGUGCUAUUUUGUUGUUUUUUAUUGGGCCAAUUUUCUCUUA